AUGGGUAUGCGCUGACCAAGAGCAGAUUCUCUGUCAGCACCAGACCUCUUAAGUGCCUUGGUGAAGAUGGGGUUUGGAAAGGAUCUUACAUUUUCAUAUGAUGCUUUGCUGAAGUUGCAAGACUGGGAACUGCGACUCCUGGAAACUGUGAAGAAGUUCAUGGCCUUAAGAAUAAAGAGUGACAAGGACUAUGCAUCAACACUGCAGAACCUCUGUAACCAGGUUGAUAAGGAGAGUGCUCCACAGCUUGACUACAUUAGCAGUGUGUCUAAGUCUUGGCUGCACAUGGUUCAUCAAACAGAACAGCUAAGUAAGAUUAUGAAGAGCCAUGCAGAGGAACUCAAUGCAGGGCCGCUCCACCGCCUUACAGUCAUGAUCAAAGAUAAGCAGCAAGUAAAGAAGAGUUAUAACAGUAUUCACCAGCAGAUAGAGGCAGAGAUGUGCAAGGUAACGAAAACAGAAAUAGAAAAGUUGAAGCUGAAUUACAGGCAGCUAACAAAGGAAGUAAAUUCAGCUAAGGAGAAGUUUAAAGAAGCUGUCACAAAAGGAAAAGAAACAGAAAAAGCCAGAGACCGCUAUGACAAAGCUACCAUGAAACUUCACAUGCUCCACAAUCAGUAUGUUCUUGCUUUGAAAGGAGCCCAACUGCACCAGAACCAGUAUUAUGAUUGCACUCUGCCUCUUCUCUUAGAUUCCCUACAGACCAUGCAAGAGGAAAUGAUCAAAGCCCUCAAAGGAAUCUUUGAUGAAUACUGCCAAAUUACCAGCCUUGUGUCUGAUGAAAUUAUUUCAGUGCACAAAGAAAUAGAGACGUGUGUUCAAGAAAUAAAUCCAAGCACGGAGUACGAGGACUUCAUUCAGAAAAACGGGUCACCAGAGUUAAAGAAAGAGGAUAUUGAAUUUGAUGUGUCAUUAUUAGAAGAGAUUGAAAAUCUGCAGGCGAAUGAAAUCAUAUGGAACAAUCUCACAGCAGACAGCUUAAAUUCAAUGUUGAAAACAGCAUCUGAGGAACUUGCACAGACACAGCAGUCACUUUUAAACAAAGAGGAACUACUGGCUGAAAAAGAGAAAGAUAUUGAAGAAUCUGCUAACGCCUAUGAAAAAAAGUCUGAUGUUGUGCUUCUCUUGAGCCGCAAACAAGCACUUGAAGAGCUAAAGCAGACAAUCCAACAUUUGAAAUGCACAGAAGCAAAACUAACUGCCCAGAAAGAGCUACUGGAUCAAAAGGUGCAAGACAAUGAUGGGAAAGAACCUCCCCCUGUAGUGAAUUAUGAGGAAGAUGCCAGAUCUGUAACUUCUAUGGACAAAAAAGAACGGGUAUCCAAGUUUGAUACCUUACGUCAUUCAAUAGCAGGAAUUAUACGAUCGCCAAAGUCCAUGCUGGGAUCUUCAUCUGUAUUUGAUGUCAUCUCAACCUGCGAAAAGCCUUUAUCUGAACAGGAUUGGUAUCAUGGUGCAAUUCCUAGAAUUGAAGCACAAGAGCUGCUAAAGCAACAGGGAGACUUCUUGGUGCGGGAGAGCCAUGGGAAACCCGGUGAAUAUGUCCUUUCUGUGUUUUCAGAUUCACAGAGGCGGCAUUUUAUCAUUCAGUUUGCUGAUAAUCAGUAUAGGUUUGAAGGCACUGGAUUUCCAACCAUUCCACAGCUUAUAGAACACCAUUACACAACAAAGCAAGUUAUAACUAAAAAAUCUGGAGUAGUUCUGUUAAAUCCUGUUGUGAAGGAUAAAAAAUGGAUUCUCAAUCAUGAAGAUGUGACACUAGGAGAAUUACUGGGAAAAGGCAAUUUUGGUGAAGUUUACAAGGGAACCCUAAAAGAUAAAACACCAGUUGCUGUGAAAACGUGUAAGGAAGAUCUUCCUCAGGAACUGAAAAUUAAAUUUUUAUCUGAAGCCAGAAUACUGAAGCAAUAUGAUCAUGUCAAUAUUGUAAAACUCAUUGGAGUAUGUACACAGCGACAGCCAAUAUAUAUUGUCAUGGAGCUUGUGCCAGGUGGUGAUUUCCUGUCAUUUUUAAGGAAGAAGAAGGAUGACAUGAAAACUAAACAAUUAGUGAAAUUUGCUUUGGAUGCUGCUUCUGGCAUGGCAUACUUGGAGUCUAAAAAUUGUAUUCACAGGGACCUGGCGGCACGGAAUUGCCUAGUAGGUGAAAAUAAUACUUUGAAAAUCAGUGACUUUGGCAUGUCUCGUCAGGAGGAUGAUGGAAUAUAUUCAUCUUCUGGUUUGAAGCAGAUCCCUAUCAAAUGGACAGCCCCGGAAGCUCUCAACUUUGGACGAUACAGUUCAGAAAGUGAUGUUUGGAGUUUUGGCAUUCUUCUCUGGGAAACCUUCAGCCUAGGAGUGUGUCCUUACCCAGGAAUGACUAAUCAACAAGCCCGGGAACAAGUAGAAAAAGGUUAUAGAAUGUCAGCUCCACAGAAGUGUCCAGAGGAAGUGUUCAAAAUAAUGCAACGAUGCUGGGAGUACAAGCCAGAAAAUCGGCCUAAGUUCAUUGAAGUGCAAAAAGAGCUGGCUGCUAUCAAAAAGAAAAUAACAUAGUACCCAACCCACUGAUGGACACUAUUUUUGAAACAUAGUAGUUCUGUUUGGCCAAUUUGAAAAACACUGCAUUUACCAAAUACUGCAAUCACUCUUGUGUUUAGCCAAUCUGCAUGUGCCUUUUUUUACUGAAAUUUAUAAAAUGCACACCCUCCAAUUGAGUAGUCUAAUACAGUGCUUAUUUCUG